UCAAUCUCCUCUUUAGACCAUCGUCGUCGUCGUCAUCAUCAUUCUCCCUCUUUCUCUCUUUCUCUCUAGAUGCAGAGCAGUCCUCCAUCCAUCUCCCGAUUUCCUAAUCCAUUCAAUUUUUGGUCAACAGUGCGGCCAUGAACAGACCAGCUUUCCAAUCUCCGAGCUUCUCGUAUCGUUGGCAAGAAUCUUGUUCCUUCUUGAUCGCCCCUUUAACUCUAUGGCUAUGUGUUUCUCUCAGUCUGCACUAUGGCUAUUAUGGGAAUCUUCAUCUCAUGUUGGGACCAAACUCGUCACGCUUGUUGAAGGAAAGUUCGAUCUUCGUGGAGACGAUACAGGUCAGAGAUGAUGCAAAGAAAGGGGUUCUUCUUUAUGGGUUCUCAGAGAAGCCUGAAUUGACCUUGGAAACUAGUUGGAAUGUCUCAAAUUAUCUGAUUGUUGGAUCCUACCGUCGACAGGGAUUCUCAUUGUGGUUGAACAAGGGAUCAAGGAUUCAUUUAAGAUGGGGAGUUCAUAGUAGUGGUUUCAGUGACCUCCAAGUGGUUGUAAUUAAAGGAGAGCAGGAUUUUGAAACACUGGACCCAAAUUCCACAAACUCUUCUAAGUCCCUUGUGUUCAGCAGUCCAACAAAAGGCAAUGGGGAAGCUGAAUACAUCAUAGAGGAAGACGACAGUUACUAUGUGGGCGCAGUGAACAUGAACCCCAAGAGCGUCAUAAUGGAAUUGAGCACCAAUGUUCUGUCUAAGAUGUAUGACACCAGCAAGGCAGCAAGCAAAUGUUCCACGAUAAAUGGAUCGUGCAGUCUCGAACUUCUUUUCCCCAAUUCUCAUUAUCUCAUUCUAACAACUCCCGACAAUGGUGAUUUUGAUGGAUGGUAUAUUGAGCUCUCUUUCAUCGCUCGCCUGGCUACUUAUGUUGUGAUUUUAGGGAUUAUCUUGGUUGCUAUUUUGUUGAUCUUGAAAUACUUUGGAGUUUGUGAAGGCGAGAGAACAGUGGAACAAGUUACAGAUGAAGUAAGAGAGAACGAGACCAGUCCAUUACUGCCAGAGAAGGCAAUUCCAUUUUCUUAUGGAACAGGCGAAGAAGAAGAUUCGGAGUCAAGUAUGCAUGGCUCUUCAGAAGAUUUGUACGAUGGGAAGAUAUGUGUGAUUUGCUAUGAUGAACAACGCAAUUGCUUCUUUAUUCCUUGUGGUCACUCUGCCACCUGCUAUACAUGUGCUGAGAGGAUUGUCGAGGGAGAAAACAAGGUAUGCCCAAUAUGUCGAAGGCUCAUUCACAAAGUCAGAAGAUUGUUCAUUCCCUGAAAAACGCCCAAUAUAAGAUAAUAGUUGCGUUUCGUUCAUCCAUCUUGGGAAGUGGAUGGGUAGAUUGUAUUCAUUUACUCAGCAAGAGAUUUGUGGGUUUGUGCUUGAGUGAGAGAGAUUGUAUUCAUUCAAUCUGUACUCAGCAGGAGAUUUGUGGGUUUGUGGUUGAGUGAGAGAUUUUGUGGGUUUCCGCUU